AAUUUCAAUACUUAAUUUUUUAACAUUAAUGAGACCAUAAUAAUUUUUAACGAAAUGUUGAUUAACAAAUUAGUAAAAUAUUGGGACAUGAAAUUUAAAACUCAAAAACACAAAAUCUUAUUUAAAAAUAUUGAUAACAAAACCCAAAAAAAAAUAUUAAAUAAUUAAUUAUUUAAGUUAUAUUAUAAAAUAUUAAAAUUAAAUAAAAAAAAUACAAAAAAAAAGAAAAAAAAAACAAGUGCGAACACUUUGAAAACAACAAAGACAUUUAAAUAUUGAAAAAAUAUACGUAAUUAUUAAGUUUAAAAAUUUAUACCACCACUACUACCAUAAUUAAGCACUGGUAAUGUGACAGGAAUUUAGUAAAAAUUUACAUGAAAAUUUUAUACCCUAUAUAAGUUAAUACAAAAAAAAAAAAGGAAAAGGAAAAAUAAAAUCUCACAAAACCAAUAAAUUGAGAAUAUUUUAGUAACAUUUUUUUUUUCUAUGUGAUUUACAAUAAUUUUGAUUAUUGAGUUGUGUGUGUUUUUAAAAGAUAAAACAAGAAGGACUUUAGUUUUUAUUCUAAAGUAAAAACACUUUAUUAUUAAUUAUUAUAACUAUUAUUAUUUUUUUUUUUUUUGUAAUUAUUUUUUUUUGUGUAAAUUGGCGUGGUCACUAUUAUGCUAAUGGAUAAAGCAAAACAAAAAAUAUCGGCCGGCUACGGUUCUGUCUCAUCUGGAACGGAAACAGGAAGACAACGGCAUGCACCAUUAUAUGGAAGAUUUGUUGUUGAAGAGGAAUUACCUGCAACACAUCGAGAUGUUAUACAUCACCGAUCUAGUCCAACGUCACAAUCAGAUGUUCGAGCAAUGCAAGCCAGGAUACCAACGCAUUUUCGUGACCCAGCUUUAGCACCAUUACGGAAAUUGAGUGUAGAUUUAAUAAAAACAUACAAGCAUAUUAAUGAGGUUUAUUAUGCUAAGAAAAAACGACGUGCUCAGCAAACUCAAGGUGAAGACGAUUCUUCAACUAAGAAGGAAAGAAAAUUGUAUAACGAUGGAUAUGAUGAUGAUAACCAUGACUAUAUUAUUAAAAAUGGUGAAAAGUUCUUAGACCGUUAUGAAAUUGAUUCAUUAAUUGGUAAGGGAAGUUUUGGUCAAGUAGUAAAGGCUUACGACCAUGAAGAACAGUGUCAUGUUGCAAUUAAAAUUAUUAAAAAUAAAAAACCGUUCCUAAAUCAGGCACAAAUUGAAGUAAAGCUUUUAGAAAUGAUGAAUCGAGCUGACGCUGAAAAUAAAUAUUAUAUAGUAAAACUGAAACGACAUUUUAUGUGGCGUAACCAUUUAUGUUUAGUGUUUGAAUUGCUCUCCUAUAAUUUAUAUGAUUUACUACGAAAUACAAAUUUUCGUGGCGUAUCAUUGAAUUUAACACGGAAAUUUGCCCAACAGCUAUGUACUGCUUUACUCUUUCUGAGUACACCCGAACUGAAUAUUAUACACUGUGAUUUAAAACCAGAAAAUAUAUUACUUUGUAAUCCAAAACGUUCAGCUAUUAAAAUUGUAGAUUUUGGUAGUUCAUGUCAGUUAGGACAACGAAUAUACCAAUAUAUUCAAUCACGUUUUUAUCGAUCACCUGAAGUAUUAUUAGGAAUACCGUAUGAUUUAGCAAUUGACAUGUGGUCAUUAGGUUGCAUAUUAGUCGAAAUGCACACAGGCGAACCAUUAUUUUCUGGCUGUAAUGAAAUCGAUCAAAUGAAUAAAAUAGUUGAAGUAUUAGGAAUGCCACCUAAAUAUCUCUUGGAUCAAGCACAUAAAACACGAAAAUUUUUUGAUAAAUUGACAGAUGGUAGUUAUGUAUUAAAAAAAAGUCAAAAUGGUCGCAAAUAUAAACCACCAGGUUCUAGAAAAUUACAUGAUAUACUAGGUGUUGAAACUGGAGGACCAGGCGGCAGAAGACUUGAUGAAUUGGGACAUUCAGUAUCAGAUUAUUUGAAAUUUAAAGACUUAAUAUUGAGAAUGUUAGAUUAUGAUCCAAAAACUCGUGUUACACCGUAUUAUGCCUUGCAACAUAAUUUCUUCAAACGUACAUCAGAUGAAGGCACUAAUACAGCAAAUGUGUCAUCAAUAUCAUCACCAUCAGUUACAUCAACUUCAUCGGUACUAGGUCAACAUCAACAAAUUCAACAACAACAGUCACAACAACAGCAAUCUCAUACAGAUUCACAAAGUCACGGUUUGCUUUCUCAUCCUAAUUUGAAUUGCUCAAUUUCAUUACAAUCUACAUUAUCUGGGAGUGGUCAGUCAUCUCAAUUGGCUUCAAGUCAUAACCGCCCUAUUCGUGUUGAUCAUCAAAUAAUGAAAUUGUACGAUCAGCAGCCGCAACAACAAAAUUCACAAAAUCCUAUGGUAGCUGUUGCUACAACGCUAGUUCAGCAAAAUAUGCAACCCUUAUUACCACCAUCGUCAACCAUAUCGAUUGGCUCCAAUUCAUCAAAUUCAUCUUCACACGGUAGUAAUUGUAACAUAUCUCACUUAAAUAAUCAACAAUCGUCCGCAAAUAUAUUAAACCAGCAUUAUUCUCAUCCAAUGGAUUGUGAUCCACCAGUUCCAUCAUCGUUACCCCCACCAUCUUCAUUAGGAUUGCAGAGAUAUUCUACAUCAAAUCAUGCAUUAAGUGCUAUUGGAUUAGCUGGACACCUGCAUCAUAAUAACAAUAAUAACAUUGCAGGAGGUCAUACAAGUAACAGCGCUAGCAAUAACGGAAAUCGUAUUGGCCAUAAUCAUCGUCACCAUAAUAUUAACAACACGUGUUCCUCAGCACACAAUAAAAUGUCUUCAUCAUUUAUUAGCCACUAUUCGUCUUUACCAAUUGAUUUAGGUUCAGUUCCCAGUGUUGGAAAUAGUAUAUCAAAUGCUACACACCUUAUGUUGACUGACUCCAGCGUUACUGGUAGUGGUACCGGAAGAAGUAGUGACAUAGCUCCAAUACCAAAUAUAACUGGUUAUCAAGCGCAACAUUAUACUAAUUAUCCUUUUUCAUCAGUUGCGAAUAAUGCAAGCGGUGCAAUAAGUUCAAAUAUUGGAAACACUAGUAGUGGUGGUGAUCGUCAUACAAUAAUUAAUUCACCAAACAGUAAUUUAUCAUCGAAUAAAUUAUCCGGAAGAAGCGGAGGUGCAAUCUCGAGUUCAGUACUAUCUUCAGCCCAAGCAACGAAUAAUGUAAAUGCAAGUAGUAGUGGUUCAAGUGGAUCAAACUCUAAUGAACGCAGUGAUGGUUCUCCUAUGGUUGGUGUUUGUGUCCAAUAAAUCAAAAUUAAAGUCAGAAUUAAUAAUACAUUUUUUUUUUAAAUAAAAUUUUUUAAUUUAUUCUUAAACAAUUAAGGCAAAUUUUUUUCAGAAAAAACUUUAAAAAAAUAUAUAUAUAUAUAAAUAGUGUUAGGUGUAUUACACAAAAUGUUAAAGAAAUUAUUUUAGAGUCAACAGUUCAUAUAAUAAUUUAAUUAAAAAUUGAAAUUAGGGAAAUUAAAAAAAAAUACUUAUAACAAAAUGCUUUUUAUAUUUUUUAUUGAAUGUUUAUACUCGCAAUAGAAAUCAUAGUUCUUAUUUCGGAGAGUUUUCACCUUUUUCUAAUACUUUUAGUUCCAUCCAACGAAAAUCAAUAAAAAAGUUUUUAAUUUGUACCCAAAUUAAAAAAAUAACUUAAAAUAAACACAAGGAAACUUCUAUACAUAACAAAAGUAUGAAGAUAUAUUAAAUGUAAUAUAUAAAUGUGUAUAUAUUAUGAAAAAAAAAUUAUUAUUUUAAUAAUAUUAUGUAAAAAAUGUAGAAAUCGAGUUUCACAAAUUUCACAAUAGUUCGCUUUGGUUUUCUUCAAGUUAGAAUUUUUUUUACUUAUUUAUUAUAUAGCAAAAUUUAAAAGAGUAUUUAAAAAUUUAAUAUAUAUAAUUCACUUUUAACCGAAUAUUUGAAUUUAGAUAAUGCAAUUAUGUAUAUGUUUUAUACGCUAUGAUAAAAGCCUUUACCGGGAGAGAAAGCGAAAUACAAUUAAUGCAUAGCAAUAAAUUUUCUGUACUUGCACUAAAUUUAUUUUAUUAAAAAUUGUUGUCGGAAUUUUAAUUGAAUUAAUAUUUUUGUUCAUUAAUAUUUUCUUUCGAAUUUAGUUAAUUAAAAUAUGUUUUAUUUAUUUUAAGGUGUUUUCAUGUUUUAAUGAAAAUAUAUGAUCAAAGAUCAUUAGAAUAAUCUUUGGUAUAAUUAAAUUAUUUCAAUUGUCAUGAGGAUGUAUUCCAAUACUAAAUUUUUACAGUGCACAAAUAAAAAUAUAAAACUAUUUACUAUAUGCAUUUACAUUGAUGCAUAUAGUAAAUACCAACAUAAUUUACGUAUUAACUAUAUUUUAGGCUAAACUAAUAAACUCUAAUACCCUAAAAACAUAAAAUUAAACUUUUACAUAAAAAAUAUUUUAGGACAAGUUUGAAAUUUUUUUUUUACGAAGUUGCUCUAUAAGUUUAAUAUUAAAAUGUACAUAUUUCCGAAGUGUAAUAUCAGAUUGCAAAUAGGUGGAAAGCGGAAUUUUUAAAUAAUAAAAUACAUAUUUUGAGUUUAUAAGUCGAAUUUAAUAAAAAAUCUGUAAUGUUAAAUCUACAAACUACAAGCUGGUUUAAUUUUUUUGAAUGUAAGUGGAUUUAAAAAUAAUUUGAUAUAUUAUUAUAGAAUAUGAUUUAUGUUUCGAUAGACUUUAAAAGUAAAAUUGAAUUUUCAAGAAUUUUCUUUUAAA